AGGAGAAAGGAGAAGAGAUGGCCACCAUGGGGCCCUGGAGUCGGGUCAGGGUCGCCAAAUGCCAGAUGCUGGUCACCAGCUUCUUUGUCUUGGGACAUGCAUCUGGGGCCCCUGCGGUGGACCACUGGCAGGUGGCUGUUUGGGCAGGUUGUCCUGUGGGCCCCACCAGGCAGCACGGGACUGGGAGGCAGCUCCUGGGCUUGUCCGUGGCCACCUUGGCGGUUCUCACCUACUUCGGGGCCCACUUUGCUGUCAUCAGCCAUGCAUCCUCAAACAGGACCCCCUACGAGGCCAUGCACCGCUGGGCUUUCUACACCACCAGCAGCCUGGCUGGGCUCCUGGCCCUUGGUGCCGUCCUGGGUGCUGUAGCCACUGUGAGGGAGGCCGGGGGCCUCAUGGCCGGGGGCUUCCUGUGUUUUGCCCUGGUGUUCGGUGCCCUGGUACAGGUGGUCUUCUGGGGAUUCCACAACCCCACCCAGGUGGAGGACACAGUGCUGGACGUCUAUGACCUGGCGUAUGAGCGGGCGGUGUGGAACUUGUCCGGAACCCCGCGGCAGCAGCUGGUGGCCAUUCAGGACACGAACAUCAGGUUGGUGACGGCACAGUGUGGCGAGGCCCCUGUGGCCACUGGGUCGCAGCCCGGGAGGCAGGGGCCGCAGUUCCUGUGCUGCGGCAAGAGCUCCCCUUUCGGCCUCCUGGGGGACGUGGAGGCCAGUCUGUGUCAGGGACAGCAGGCAGCCGGACAGGACUGCCUGCGGGAGAUCAGGAGCUUCCUGACGAUGCACAGAAACGUCGCCUGCGCCCUGACCGGCACCGGCCUCGCCAUCACAGUAUACGCGAUGCUGCUCAGCUCCUUUCUCUGGUUCGCCAUUCGCUCCGGUGGCAGCUUGGAUCGCAAGGGCAAAUACACCCUGAGCCGGAGAGUGCCUGGCUGCCAGGCCCCAGAGCCCAGCUUCUUCAGACACUCCCAACGCAGCCCCACGCUACAGCCCCCAACUGAAGCAGAUGUUGUCCACGGCUGCCCGGGUGCAAGAGGACCCUUGGGGGCCCUCAGCUGCUCCAGGAUGACUGACACCUUUUGAAUCAACUGUCCCGCCACCUGUGGGCCCACAGAGCCUCUGUCGGCCCAAACGUGAGACUUACAAGGAC